CAAGCCGCAUCGGCAUUCGUUUCAGACGCUUACGCUUCUGUUCGUUAUCGUUCCCUUGAAUCGAGCCAGAGCUUAAGGUCAACCAGAUCGGAGCUCUUUCGUUGCAAAUUGCAAAUUCAUUCAUCGCCUGCUCUGUCUGGACGGGCAAAGUCUGAAAUUCUUCUCCCCUGACCCCGAGUCUGGUCUAGGGUUUGCUGCAAAUCGACUUCGUACCAACUCGCUCGUGUUUGGAAAGGGUUUGUUGGCAUUUCCAUUUUGAAUCUUCUAUCCAGCCAUCAGGAGUUUGCUUGGUACACUGGCUGAAAAUGGAUCGCGGUCGAUAUGGUCUUCAGCAAGGAUGGGAUAAUAACAGCGCUCCAGAGGGGUAUGGUGCUGUCCAUGAUCCAAGUUAUCGGUGUGGUGGGUCAUAUGAUGAUAUACAUCCUGAUGAAAGAUUCUCGAGGGAUAAUGUAUACGAUUAUCAACCUGGAAAUCAUGCUUUGGGUGCUUUGCCUCAGUCUAGAAGGCGAAACUAUGAAGAGGAUUAUUCUCGUGACGGGGAAUCACGGAAGCAUGAGAAGCCAUACAUUGAAUCAUAUCAUACUGACAAUUAUCAUGAUGAUGAAAUGGGAAGUCGUGACGGGAACCAUAGGGAUCAUGGAUAUGAAAAGUCAUCAAGAUACAGCACCCGUGGUCGCGAUGAUUAUCAUUACGAGUAUAGGUCUCGAAAUUACCAUCAUAAUAGGGAAGAUAGCCAUGAAAGGGAUUAUGAUUACGCUCGCCGGAGUUAUGAUUCUGAUUAUGAAAGAGGCAGUGAGAGGGAUGCCAACAGGAGGAGUCGUGAUUCCCGUGAUCGAGAAUGGGAAAAAAGACAUUUCAGCCAUGAAAGAGAUGAAAGUCCACAUAAUAGGAAUGGGACAUCUCGAUCUCGGUCUCGGUCUCGGUCUUGGUCUCGUGGAGGUGAUGAGUACUCUAGAUCAAGAUCUCCUCGAGGUUGGAGCCAUGGGCGUGGUUAUCGUGAGGACAGCUAUGAUGAUGAUCAUUGGCAUGAGAGAAGGGAUAGUCGAAGAGAACGCGGAGAUAGACAUUACCGGGAUCAUUUUUCUGCUGCACCGUCAGCUACUGUUGUUGUGAAGGGCCUGUCAAUGAAAACGACAGAAGAGGAUCUAUAUCAGAUUCUUGCUGAAUGGGGCCCUUUGGAUCAUGUGCGUGUGAUUAGGGAGCGAAAUUCUGGGAUCUCCCGUGGGGUUGCAUUUAUUGAUUUCGCUUCGGUGGAAGCUGCACGUGCAAUGAUGGACAAGAUUGGGCAUGAUGGUCUAGUUGUGGAUGGAAAGAAGCUAUUUUUCCAUUACAGCAGCAAGCCUACAGGGAGUAUGAAUGUACCUCGUGGACAGGAAAAUUCUCCUAAUAUCAGCCGCGGUGGUAGCAGACGCGUGAUGAUUCCUGCAGAUUGGAUCUGUACCAUUUGUGGUUGUAUUAAUUUUGCUCGGCGAACAUCGUGCUUUCAGUGUAAUGAGCCAAAGACAGAGGAUGCUCCACCAGCUGAUGUAGGUUUUUCAAACUCAACACUAGGAAAACGAGGUUCUGAGGCAGGUCCAACUCAUGUCUUGGUUGUACGUGGUUUGGAUGAAAAUGCUGAUGAAGAAAUGAUUCGUUAUGAAUUUUCUAAACAUGCUCCAAUCAAGGAUCUUCGUCUAGUGAGAGACAAGUUCACUCAUGUUUCAAGAGGAUUUGCAUUUGUACACUUUCAUUCGGUGGAAGAUGCAACUAAGGCACUCCAGGCAACUAAUGGGACAACUCUUGAGAGGAAUGGAAAAGUCCUAAGAGUGGCAUAUGCAAAGAGCGUACUUGGUUCUGCAGCUGGUACUUCAGCUCCUUUGCACUCUAGCAGCCUCGCUGCUGCUGCAAUUGAAGCAGCAGCAUUUUCUCAACAGUAUGAUGCUGUUGGAUGGGCUCCGAAGGAAUAUAAUCCAGACGCGAGACAAACUGCAGGGCAGAAUCAAGGGGUUGGAGAAGUUGAAGCUCAGCAAGGAACUUCUGCUCCACACUCUGGCUAUGUGUGGGAUGAAGCAUCUGGUUAUUACUACGAUGCUGCUUCCGGAUUUUACUAUGAUGGGAAUUCAGGUUUGUAUUAUGACAGCAACAGCGCGGUUUGGUACUCAUAUGACCAUCAAACACAGCAGUAUAUCCCUUGUCCUGAUCAGACUAAUGAGAGUAAACCAUCUGAUAGACAGACAGAAUCUGCUAAGAUGGAGAGAUCCAAUAACAAAAAGGUUAUUAUCUCUGCCCCAGCGGCUACUUCCAUACCAGAUGCAGUUCAAGCUGCUGCAGAAGCGGCAAUGGCAGCUGAGAAGAAAGAAAAAGAGAAAGCUAAGGAGAUAAAGCUUGCUUCAAAGAGCAUCAUACUGGCAAAUAAGAAGAAGAUGAGUAACAUUUUAACAACAUGGAAGCAGAGAAGCCACGAAACACAAACACAGCGGAUAGCUCUUGAUGACAGUGUACCUAAUGUACCUCCUGAAGAAAGGCGUCUCUCUGUUGGACAAUUCAAAGGCAAGCCAAAGUCCGAUGCAAUGACUAAGGAAAACACUGCCACCAAUUCUGCGUUUACACUUUCUACAACCCAAACAUCAAGUAACAGCACAGCUGGCCCUUUGACAGGGGUUCUAAGAGGUUCUCUCAGAGGUGUGGUGAAGUUGGAUUCGACAACCGGAGUCGCAAGUAGUGUAGGCUCAUCUUCAUUAGCUCGUGCAGAGGCAUCGUCUGUUAUGACUCCUUUCAAAACAGAUGUUUCUGCUCUUGGUUCUUAUACAGCACCUUCGGCUUCUGGGAGUGGGAGGAGAAGGUUUUCUGAAAUGCCAACACCUGCUUCUACUCAGAGAGAUCAACCACAGUCAUUGUACCGGGAUCGUGCUGCUGAGAGAAGAAACUUGUAUGGUUCAACUUCAAUUGGAGAUGAUGAUCUUUUAGACGCCGCUAGUGAUUCACAUCGAGAUUUUGGGUUGAGAAAGGGUUCGCUGGAUCCAACGCCUUUCCCUCCGGGAGUUGGCGGAGGUCACCGGACUUCAGCAGAUGUUCAGAGCUAUGAUGUGAUCACAGCAGAGAGAGCAAUAGAUGAGAGCAACGUCGGUAACCGGAUGCUCAGGAACAUGGGUUGGCAUGAAGGAUCGGGACUAGGAAAAGAUGGGAGUGGAAUGACAGAACCCGUGCAAGCGCAGGCGGUGGAUAGAAGGGCGGGACUCGGGAGCCAACAGAAGAAAGUUGUGGAUCCAACCCUCGAAGUUCAAGCUGGUGAUAGUUACAAAACUCUGAUCCAUAAGAAGGCAGUUGCGAGGUUCAGAGAGAUGACUGAAAAUGAAAAUGAAAGAUGAAUCAAAGGCAUCAGUUUCUGCUGAUUUUGGAUUGUAGCCAUUUGUGGUUUAGAGAGAUGGUCGGUCCAUCCACAAGAAAGUCUGGCGUUUUUAUUUUUCUGUGUUUUCUGGUACUUUAUGUGUACAAUUUGUUGAGAAACAUUUUUCCGUUUGGAGUUGCUGACUUUUGUUGUGUUCAUUUAGAGACAUGAUGUAGUA